CUUCUUUAUGGUAUCAAGAGCCAAUCUCUAAAGAGCUAGUUUUUUUUCCAUCAUGGUCAUUACCGCCACCACCCCCGUAAUCCCACUCACUGCCACCACAAACUUUCCCGUCAAACUCACGUCCUCUAAUUUUCCAGUGUGUAAAUGUCAAGUUCAUUCAGCCCUUGUUGGACUUGGCUUAGAAGGUUAUGUUGACGGCAUCAUUACCGCUCCGGAUCAGUAUCUUGAUGCUGCAAAAACCCAACUCAACCCUUGUUAUGCUAUUUGGUACCGCCAAGAUCGUACCAUCAUUAGCGCAUUAAUCGGUAGUUGUUCCGAUACAAUUCAGCCUCUUAUCUCGUCGGCCACUACGGCCCGACAUGCCUGGGAGAAACUGGCUCGUACAUAUGCCAGUACUUCUCGCGGACGAAUCAUCUCCCUCAAGACGACUCUUGCUCGCACCAAAAAAAGGUAGUCGAUCCAUUACCGACUAUCUUGCGGAGAUGUAUGCUCUUUUUGAGGCUCUAGCGCUGUCUCAAAACCCCAUCUCGGAGGAAGAUCUGGUUAUCAACAUACUUAAUGGGCUUGGAUCAGACUAUAGUGAUCUUCUAUCUGCCAUCCGUGUCCGGAAGGAGGCCCUCCCAUUGACUGAGCAUCAGGAUAUAUUGCUUGAACGUGAAACUAAGAUUCACGAAGCAGAAGCAGAAAGUCAAUCUAUUCUGCCCACAGCAAAUGCGACUCACCUAGCCCCACCUACCGGAGUUCGUCGCAAUUCUCAACAGUUUGACUCCAGACGUGGAUCCAUGCAUCGAAGAGGACGUGGCACCUACCCAGGACAUAAUUCUCGGUCCUCUAACUCCCAGGUUGUGUGCCGAUUUUGUGAUAUACCUGGUCAUGAAGUGCGCCAGUGCAGGAAAUUGCAACGCUUUUUACGAGAAAAUCAUCUGUCUCACAUGGUGUCAUCUCCUCCACCGGCAGUCAACACCACGGCAAUGAAUACCUCCACUAGUCAGCAACCAUGGCUAUUUGACAGCGGGGCGUCACAUCAUGUGGCGUCAGACGCUUCUCUAUUGCCGUCGUUUAAUGAAUAUGGUGGCCCGGAUGAAGUUCGCCUUGGCGAUGGAUCGGGUCACGGGGGCGUUGCUCAUGCGCGGGGAGAACCAUAAUGAUGUCUACUAUACCCCAAUCAGCAUUCCUACUCAAGUUAAUGUGUCUCAAGCGUCGGUCCGGUCUCGGUGGCAUCACACUCUUGGUCACCCUUCAAGUCGAGUUUUCAGUUUAGCUGCACGUCAAAAUAAAAAUGUUAUUUCCUGUAAUAAUUCUAGGGAUCCGGAAUCUCAUUGUAUGUCAUGCUCAAUUAAUAAAAGUACGAAAUUACCAUUUUUUAUUAAUUCUAUGCAUGCUACUCGCCCACUUGAAUUAUUAGACACCGAUGUUUGGAG